AUGUCCACAACCCAAGAGCCCCAGCCCGCAGCCCACUCGGACGUCCCCCAAGAAGGGGCUCAGCAGGAGCCCAGGGAGGCCGCCCAAGCACAGGAGGUGGAGCAAGAGCAUCUGCAUCGGGCCAAUGCUGACUGGGAGGACAACGCUAUACUCAGCCUGCCCCCGCCAUUGCCAUUCGAUCUGGCUGUGGAGAGUCUCACGGUCGGCGUGCCCGAUCAUGGUGGACCAUCGCUUAGAUGGCUCAGGCGUCUCCUUGGACGGAAGAAGCGGCAGAGCGAAGUCGAGGAAAAGGAUGAGAAGCCGAAGAAGAAGUGGAUCCUGAAUGAAGUGAGCUGUGAAUGUCGAAGUGGGCAGGUGCUUGCAAUAUUGGGAGGUUCUGGGUCUGGAAAGACGACCCUGCUGAACUCUAUAGCUCAUCGCCUGACAGGAUUGCCUACCACAAACGGUGAAGUGGCAUACUUCUCGCCGUCAUCAGCUCCUGGAGAGGACAGGGGCGAGAAGCUGGAUAGAAGCCAAGUCAAGAAGCGAAUCGGGUUCGUCCGGCAGCAAGAUUACCUCGUGGAGUGUCUGACUGUCCGAGAAACGUUGACCUACGCGGCCAAAUUAAGACUGCCCACCCACCUUACGGAUGACACCAUUCACUCAAUAGUCGAGCAAACGAUAGAAGAAUUGGGCUUGAAGGACGCAGGCAACACAGUCGUGGGAGGACCGUUGCGGAAAGGCAUAUCGGGAGGCGAAAAACGGCGACUAUCUAUUGGCUGUGUGCUGGUGACACUACCAAGCGUCCUGAUACUAGACGAACCCACAUCCGGCCUCGACGCCUUCACUUCAUACCUCCUGCUUCUCACUCUCUCCCAACUCGCUCGCCGGGGACGUACGAUCGUCCUCUCCAUUCACGCCCCGAGAUCUGACGCUUUUGACCUUUUCGACCGUAUCGCCCUUCUGUCUAAAGGAGAGAUUGUCUACUCUGGGCCGAGGAGCAGUUGUCUGGGAUGGUUCUAUAGCUUGGGGCAUGAGGUGGAAAGAGGUGUCAAUCCUCUCGACUUCCUGAUCGAUAUAUCCUCUGUGGACAAUAGGACGCCCGAAAACGAAGAGUCCUCGCUAGCCCGUGUGCGAUCUCUUGUACAAGCUUGGAACCUCCGCUCCCCAACUCAUUGGGCCGACAACCUGGCAAAACGGUCCAUCGACGGCAUCUCUACCAUCUCGUCGGAGAAUGUCGCUCCAAUCCCCAUUGCUUCAGCCGAGAAAGGGACCCUUGCAAGACCAGAGGAAGCUAAAGCUAAAGAUGAAAGACGGCCGGGGAUCUGGAAACAAACAACGGUGCUGACUGUGAGGGCGCACAAGAAUGUGUACCGCAACGUACCGCAGUUAGUGGGGUUCGGGCUUCAGGCGGUACUGUUGGGCGUCAUCAUAGGAACAACUUACUACCGACUAUCAGAGACGCCAACAGGUGUCCAGAGUUUGAAGAAUUUAUCGUUCCAGCUGAUACCAGGUGUCUUCUAUUUACAACAGGUCUUUUGGAUCUACAAGUUCUGCACGGAUCUUGUCAUAUUUGACCGGGAAAGGGAAGACAGCUUAUAUGACGUAAUCCCAUGGGUAAUCUCUGACUAUCUAUCAUUCUUGAUACCCAGUAUCUUUGAACCAACGAUAUAUGUUGUACUUGUGUACUUUAUCUCCAAAUUGAGGACGGACGAACUUGCCGCGCAUCUCUUUACGACUAUUGCCUCUACACUGCUUGUUCAAAUGACCACUCAGGGUCUUGCACUUAUAUCUGCUGCUACGCUACGAUCUUUCCCGGCUGCAUCCAUGCUGGGCAAUUCCAUCAACUUGUUUCAGAUCAUGUCAUCCGGUUUCAUAUUGACCCAUGUGCCUCCUUAUGUUGCUUGGAUCCGUUGGAUCAGCCCGUAUUUCUAUUCUUUUCGCAUCGUGGCCACCACCCAAUUCAAAGACCGGAUAUUCGACUGUCCAUCUGACUCGGAUGCCAAUUUGAACCAGUGCGUCGGCAAUAACGUGCUGAACGGUCUCAAAUUCAACUACGAAACCAACAUUCGCGCCUGGUUCGGGGGCCUUAUCGGACUCGCGAUCGUCCAGUAUGCGCUCGCUUGUGUCGUACUCUGGGCCAUACCGGGUGGUGGGGCGAAACACGCUUCAGAGAUCGAGUCGCAGAACCGAGGAAAGGGGACAGAUGUCGUGGAGAGCCAUAUGACCAGGGACAAGAUUGAUGUGACUGUCAAGAAUCUCACGCUUUCUUGGAAUAGACGAGGAAGGGGGGCUGUGAAUGACCUCCAAAAAGUCAUAUUGGACGACGUGUCUAUGCACUUUCCAGCGGGGGAGAUCUCGGCCAUCUUGGGUCCCUCAGGUGCCGGCAAAUCAACACUUCUCCAGCUUAUUGCCGGCCGCCACCUCUCUGCCGGCCCUUUGUCUCGUUUCACAUCCACCGGAUCUCUGCUUUUCGCCAACGAACCCAUCACACAUACCACCCAAUCCAAUGUCGCUUUCGUGGAACAAGGCGAUGACUGGCACCUGCCAUCGCUCACUGUACGGGAGACUCUGACGUAUGCUGCUAUCUUGAGGCUGCCGGAGAAGAUGCCAAAGAAGCAGAAGAUUGCAAGGGCAGAGACGGUACUCAGGAUGCUGGGGCUGAAGGAUUGUGCAGAUCUACCGGUAGGAGGGGCGCUAUUGAAGGGUAUCAGUGGUGGAGAGAAGAGAAGAAUGAGUUUGUCCGUGCAAAUGAUCAAUGACCCCGCUGUCUUGGUAGUGGACGAACCAACUUCCGGCUUGGACGCGAGCAUCGCGUUGGGAGUGAUGCAAGUUCUCCGGGAUAUCGCAUCAUCCGGCCGUACCGUGAUUGCAACGAUUCACCAACCUCGAAGUGACAUUUGGAAGUUGACUGAUAACGUCACUCUCUUGGCAAAAGGCGGCAUCGUUGCUUUUUCCGGCACGAGAAAUGAGGCUCUCGAAUACUUUACUUCAAUUGAUCACCCCAUGCCGUCAGAGUUCUUCAACCCCGCGGACCAUUUGCUGGAUCUUGUUUCCGUCGACCCUCGUCCAACCUACCACCAGGAUUCCCUGAAUAGGGUACAACAUCUCACCAGCCGAUGGCAGUCUCGUAAGAUAAAUCAGGAGAGCGGGCACGAGCAAGAGAGAAGCCAGCACGAAACAACAGUCAAGCGUGGAGCUGAGACGACGGCGAUGAGAACGGCUUUGCCGGUUGUCCUUGGGAGACACUGGAAGAAUCUCUGGAGAAGGAAAGACGUCUUUUUCAACCGCCUUGUGCAGACACCUUUGCUGGGAGGGCUGUUUAUUCUCUUUUUCCAGAGACUGACUCAUGGUCCCUCCGGUGCACAAGACCGUAUUGGUAUAGCCAUCGAGUCUACCUCUGCUGUUGCCUUCGUCGGUCUACUCAAUGCCAUGAGCAUCUUCCCCGGAGACAGAAAUCUUUACCUGCACGAAUCGAAAUCAUCCGCGCGCUAUUCGCCUGCGACUUUCAUCAUCAUGUACACUUUGGUAGAGGUUGGAUUCGAGGUACUGGCUGCUUUAGCCUACGGGGCGAUCAUCAAUGUUGGAGCAGGUAUGCAGACCUCCGCAAGAAUCUACUUUGAGUUCUCCAUCUCCAUUUGGGCAAUGACGAAUAUGGGCGAGAGUUAUGCCAUGAUCCUGGGAAGCUGGAUACAAACAGAGGGUCUGACAGUAACUGUCGUGUCGACAAUCUUGUCAUUGGUCGGCCAGGUCAGCGGUGUCAUCUCUCUCUCCGUCCCAAAGUGGCUGGCAGCGAUUGCUUGGGGAACAUGCGUCAAAGCAGCCACCCGUAUCCAGAUCAUCAACGAAGCCGCUGGGUUGGUCUUUCAUUGCACCGAAGAGGAGGUGUCCUCUGGUGCGUGCGUCGCUCAAUCUGGAGAUCAAUUGCUUGCACUAUUCAACUGGCACGAUCUCAAUACCGAGAAGUACAUGGGGAUCAUGAUUGCUAUCUGUGUAGGCUGGAGAGUAGUGGCUUGGCUAUCUUUAGCGGGCAGGGUGGGAGGCUUCAAAUGA